AUGAAGAUGACAAUGCAUCAGCUGGAUCCAGAUGUCGUCCGGUGGGGUCUUCACCACCUCAUAGAUGUUUGCCCUGUAGCCGAUGAACGCUCUCCACAAACAAUCACUUGUUAUGAGGAGAACAUGUCCAGAACAGACUCUGUGAAGGAAGGUUUUUGUGAGAGGGAAAAUUCUGUGGUGGAGAAUGAUGAAGUAAUAGCUCAAGCUCUUCAGGAAGAAUUAUCGAAGCUUGCUGAUGCGGAGGCAUCUGGAUCUUCGACUUUUGAGGAACAAAAUCAGAAGGCAUCGAUUCUUGCUCAGGAUUGGCUUGGUCCUUCAAAAAGGCACACGAGUUCUGAUUGUCAGAGUAAUUUAGGAGAGGCAGGAAAAGAUGGAGCAGUUAUAUCGGAACUUGAAAAUUUGUCAAUCGAGGAUAAAGAUCAAGAUCUCUUACCAGAGAUGGACUGUGAAUUAGCUCUUGAUGGUGAAGUUGGCAAAAGGCUGAAUCAAAUGGUUCCGGUCCCUCAUGUUCCUAAAAUUAAUGGAGAAAUACCAUCUGUUGAUGAAGCCUCAUCGGAUCAUGAAAGGCUUUUGAACAGAUUACAGUUAUAUGACUUGGUCGAACUCAAAAUUUCGGGAGAUGGAAAUUGUCAGUUCCGGUCAUUGUCGGAUCAGAUAUAUCGGAGCCCAGAACAUCACAAAUUCGUGAGAGAACAAAUCGUGAACCAGCUGAAGUCACGAGCUGAGUUGUACGAAAAUUAUGUCCCCAUGGCUUAUGGUGAAUACGUGAAGAAAAUGAGCAAAAACGGGGAGUGGGGGGAUCAUGUCACAUUACAGGCUGCGGCUGAUUGGUACGGGAUCAAGAUUUUUAUCCUAACGUCAUUUAGGGAUACAUGCUACAUUGAGAUUCUUCCUCAAACUCAGAAAUCAAACAGAAUUAUAUUCUUGAGCUUCUGGGCUGAAGUGCACUAUAAUUCUAUUUAUCCUUUGGGAGAAUUACCGAUUGUGAAGAGCAAGAAAAAGAAGCGAUGGUGGUGGUAA